AUGGCUCCUAAGAAGAAGGAACAGCAGAAGAUGUCCCUCGGGACCUUCUUGGCUGACGAGAUUGGGAUCAUGGCCGAUGAGAUGGAAGAUAUGCCAGUUUACUCACGCCCUUCUGGAUAUGGUGGAAGUAGCAAUGAGAGACGUACCUAUAGCUCUACCACUGGUACUUAUGGCAACAAUGCCGGAGGUUAUUCCGUUCGCGAGGAACUCCCUCUUCCCGACAAGCCACCUUACACUGUUCAUCUUGGAAACCUUUCAUUCGAUGCUACCGUCGGCGAUGUUAACGAAUUCUUCGUCGGCUGCGAAUGUAUCAAUGUUCGCAUCAUUGAGGAUAAGAUGGAGAUGAAACCAAAGGGAUUCGGAUAUGCAGAAUUUGGCUCUUUGGAAGGUCUCAAGUCCGCCUUGACUUUGAACCAGACUCAGUUCCAAGGACGUAACAUUAGAAUCAGUGUUGCUGAUCCUCCGAAGGAUCGUGGUGACCGUCCAGAUGUACGAGAGCUCGGAGACUGGAGUAGAAAGGGACCCCUACCCGAUUUACCGGGCCGUGGAGGAGAGCGUCGCACUCCGGAUCGAGGAUACCAAUCUAGCCGUUUUGGCGAGGAAGGUGGCGAGCGUAGAGCCCCCCGUGAGCCCGAAAGUGAUGGCAAGGUUCGAGACUUUGGAAAUUGGGAACGAAAGGGUCCACUCUCACCCCUCGCCCAACAGGAACGUGCUCCAAGAGAAGGUGGCCGACCCCGUACAAACGAUGGACCAAGAGCCGAAGGUUUCAGAGAUCGCAAAGCUUCGCCAGCUGCUUGGGGUGAAGGUAGAUCCCAAGGUCAAGGCUCUGGCUCGCAAGAAGGAUCAAGACCACCCAGACGUGAGUUUCAAGAGCGACCCGUCGCUGAGCGUGCGCCCACCGCCGCCGAUCAAGACAACCAAUGGCGUAGCAAAAUGCGACCCGACCCACCAGCUGCACCAGCUGCAAAGUCACCUGUUCUAUCCCAUGAAGGGAGCGAGGCUCCAGCUUCUCCAGCCCUCCCAUCUGCCCCGGCUGGUGGUAGACCAAGAUUGAACCUUGCAAAGCGCACCGUUUCCGAGGCCCCUGCUGACUCGUCCUCGUCAUCUGCCGCAGGUGAUGCGAAGGCAAGUCCAUUUGGAGCUGCUCGUCCAAUUGAUACUGCCGCCAAGGAGAAGGAAAUUGAGGAGAAGCGACAACAAGCCAUCAAAGAGAAAAAGGAGGCCGAUGAGAAGGCCAAGCAGGAGAGAGAGGCUGCAAAGGCUAAGGAAACUGAAGACAACGAGAAGAAAGUUGAAAUCCUACAACGUGAAGGCGAAGAAGCAACAAAGGAAGGAGAGACAAUUGAAACCGAGAAUGCAAACGGUGAGAUUGUUGACGAUAAGGCUGUCAAGCCAAAAGAGAUUGUGAGAGAUGCCAAACCAAAACCAUCUGAUACGGGAGCCUGGAGACGUCCAUCUGGACCUAAGCCACCCAGGGAUGAUAUUCCAAGAGGACCCAAGGGUAGAGGUGAUUAUGCACCAAGAGGCCCACGACAAAACGAUGGAGGAAGGAACCACAGACAAAAUCCAAAUGGUGGGGGACAAAAUGCGACUGCACCAGCCCAAAGCCCUGCUGCUACAACUGAAACUGCAGUCAUGGAAGAGGAUGGCUGGAGCACAGUGUCUAAACCCAAGAAAAAUAACCGUGGUGGUAACGCAGGCCAACGUGCUAUUGCUUCUUAG